UGAGGGAAGGCGGCUGUUUCAGAUAUAAGCGUCACAUUAGAAAUAUGGUGUUAGACUAUGAUUCAGAUUCAUCUGACGGCAGUGCUCCGAAUCGAGAAGAAAGGGAUGAAUCUUCAGAUCUCAACUCGUCCAGUGAUGAUGAGGAACGAAAUCGUGUAACACAGAGGAAUAUUUUUGGAGAUGAUACUGAUAGUGAUAAUGAAAUUCAGCCAAAGCAUAAACAUUCAAAGUUUAAAGAACUAAUAAUUUUUUCCAUAUUGAUGAAUUAAUAUUUAAAGAGACGUCAAGAAAUUUGACUAAGCAUUUGUGAUGGAAUUUUUAGCAAUCGAUCUAUGCUUAGCUUUUGGCUCUGUCGAAAGAUACACUACUGUCAUAAUCUUUUCGCUAAUUUUGUUUCUACGAAACAUUCACACUAAUUUCAACGUCUUAAUACACAUCUAGGACAUUCUAAUUCCUGUAAACGUACAUUUAAAAUCUUCCAGUAUUAGUUCAUUCGUAUUGAUUGUAUCAAUCUUCCCAGUGAUGUUGGGAAGUACGAUUGAUCAGUAUCUAGUCAGUUAGAAGAUUAAAAAAUGAACGAAAAUGAAGUUGUGGAAUCAGCGAUCUGAACAAAUAUGCCUAAUACGGGUCGAGAAGGAUCAUUUGAUUACACUCUCUGCACCCAGUGUAAUAAUCCUUCUUAGCGACGAAAUGAUUAGCAUUCGGUGUUUAUUGGAAUCUGUUUAUAGAUCAAUUUAAAUUACGAGGUCAGUAAUACAAAUAAAUGCAUAUAACAUAGAGUAAGAAAAGUGGAUCCAAUGUUUACUCAAAGGUUGCGAAAUAAAUCAUUUAAUAUGGAUUAAGUAGGAAAUGGUAAAUUAGGUCGGGUGGUAAUUAAAUUCCUCGCUUGUUCACAAGAUUAAUAAUAAUAAAAAUAAUGAAAGAUGUGUAAAUGGUAGUAGUAGUCAUAAAUGAAUUAGGUAGACACAAGUUAUAAAACUAUAGAGGAGGAAGUUCCCC